AUGGCCAGCUCGUCCAACCCCCCUCCUCCAGCUGAACGCGCGUCAGAAAUCGUGAACAAACUCCCCUCGAAACCUGGCCUCAUUACCAAAACGGGUACUGCCGUCCUUGGUACCGGUCUUGCUGCUGCUGCCAUCUCCCAGGAACUCUACGUCGUCAAUGAGGAGUCCAUCGUUCUCAUUGCCUCCAUUAUCGUCUUCACCUACAUCGCCAAGGUAGGUCCUGAUUGGGAGCCAUACAGCCAAUGGGCUGAGGGUCACAUCCAAAAAAUCAGAAACGUUCUCAACUCUGCCCGCUCUGAGCAUACCGGCGCCGUAAAGGAGCGUAUCGAGUCCGUUGGCCAGAUGAAAGAUGUCGUCUCCAUGACCGAGGCUCUCUUCGCUCUCUCCAAGGCACGUCCCCUUUUCACUUCCUCCAACUUUGUCGAGCAGCAAAAGGUUGCUGUUGCACACGAGAUCAAGAGCGUCCUCGACAGCUGGGUGCGAUACGAACAGCACCUGAAGGAGAGCGAGCAGGCCGAUCUGACAAAAACCGUCAUCGACAAAGUUCUGGCUUCUCUCAAGGAACCAAAGACCCAACAGGAAAUUCUUGCGAGCGCAGUUGCGGAGGUGGAACGUAAGUUUAUUUGCUUACAAGUCUCGAGCCGUCAGGCUGAUCAUUGUUGUUUAGAGCUGGUGAAGGCCAAGGCUGUCUAG